CGAGCGAGCACGAGCGCGAGUCGCGAAACGGGCACGUGACCUGUUCUUAUGAGAAGUUUGAGGUUGUAUGUAGGGUUGCUGCAAGCAGAGUGGAGCCGUGGCUGGCCGGUGCGGGCUAGAAAAGCGGAACUAGACUGUGCCCGGCAGGGCAGAGAGUCGGGUCAAGACGGUCGUUGUGCGUCAUCACCGGCCACUGGCGUGGAGCGUGUGCGGUUGGCAGUGGGCACUGCAGACCAGAGACCGAGUGGCUGGCCUGCUGUAACGGAGAAACGCGCUCUCUCGCCCGCCGCUCAGCAGCGUUGCAAGCGGAAGAGAUGGGUAGAUGGGCGAAACACGGAACUAAAAGGGAGACGGCGAAACAUCCAUCCGACACACUGACCACUUCUUUCUUUCCUCUGUUUGCUUGCUUUCCAAACCAGCAAGGAUAAUACUCCAUCAACACACCCUCGACCAUCAUCACUGCUGCUGCUGCAUCCAUCUAUCCCAAGGGAGCCCAAGAGCAGGCAAACUGCAGCCU